AUGCCCACUGGUGGGGCUGGCGGGAAUACAAAUAGUAAUACGGCGAGAGCAGCGCAUGUCUAUCACCAGGGACUUGCAUCACCACACCACCACCACCACCAUCAUCACCAUCCUCAGCAUGCACAAACACCGCCCCAGUAUCCAUAUCACCACCACCCCCACCAUCACAUGCAGCAACAAUAUCAGCGCGGUAAGACCCAUCCCCACCAUCAUCAUCCCGGUCAUAGCGCGGGGCAUUCACAAUCUGAGUUGCUGCAUUGGUGGCCGCCACCACCAGUGCCUCCAUCAAUGACUACAUCACAAACAUCAUCAGCGGUGGCAGCCGCCACAUCGGCUUCAAUGUCGGCAUCAUCAGCAUCAUUAUCCACUGCAAACACAAAAUCUAAGAGAGGCGAUGUUUCAUAUUAG